AUGAAGUCCGUCGAGCAGCAGCACCUGGGCUACAGUGUGUACCCGGAGUCUGCCAUCCGCGACACCGCUGAUGCUGCCGACGACGUCCUCCCCGUCGCCACUCAUGACGACUCGCCCUUCUUUGUCGCGAACAUCCUGAACGACCUUCGUUCCACUCCAUCGUUCGGCCAAUACCCGCAAACUUUCUCACCGUUCUCGCCAGGUACUCCGUUCCGCACUUUGUUUGCCUCGUCGCCGUCGGGUUUCUGGCGCCCCGCGGAUUCAUCUGUGUCGCCCGUCUACCACACCUCACCCCCUAGCUACCCUCAUGCCGCUCGUCCUCACGGCCACCAUAAAAGCAGUCUCCUCUCCCUGGCAAGAUAUGCCAGUGCUGUUCUUCAGAACGGGCCGCUUGAUCCAUUAUCCCCGCUCUCGAGCAUCUCAUCAUUACCAUCUUCCCCUUCCACUGAUGGCUCUCCGCUUCCCCGUAUUGCACAUGGUUCCGCGAGUAGUCCUCAGCAGAAACCACAGACAACUGAACCUGCAUGGUGCUAUUCGCGAGCCACUCGUGACCGAGCCCUCCCUUCCUCCAGGACAAAGGUGCCACCCGCGCGCGCGUCGCGGUACUGCACUCGUUCCCAGUCAGCGCGCCUUGUUGCAUCUACCUGCGCACGCGCCGCAUCGCGCUCUCGCCGCACCCCGGAUUACGAUGAUAUCGCCUGCGACGGAGAAGACAACGUGCCCGCUACGCGUCUUCGCAAGAGACGCGCUGAGCCGACCGCGGACUCCACCCUCAAGCGUCCACGGCUGACUUCGAAUAAUGAGGAUGCCUUGCACAGCGAGCCUGAGGUUCCCGCCGUCGUGUCUACGAGUCCAAACCGGACAUUUCCUCAACAUAUACCCGUAAAUGGGGAUUUUCCGUUGUUUUACCGCCGCUUUCCUGCCAGUUCAUACGCGCUGACAGGUUCUGACACUUCCAGCCAUGGCCCUUCUGAUGCCGUAUUUAACCUCCCGACUGACCCUCUCAGUCUAUACCACCCGCGCUUUGUCAAGGGCAAGGGCAGAACUAAAAUCGGCCUAUGUCCUUGCUGCUAUGAAGAUCCCGUUCGCGGUGGCGAGGGAAAGAAGGUGUGGUUGUCGCUGAAAUUCUCUGCGUUCAACUACCAUAUGCAAUUUGGUCACGGCAUUUCUGCCGCGACCGGCCUCCCAUUCUCGCCGCCGAUCGAGUUUCGGUGCAUCCCCCGCACGGAGGUGGGCAAACACGAGAAGGUCCAGAUGACCCAGGGUCUGUGCCACUAUUGUAAGGAAUGGGUCCCCAUUGAAGGGAUCAAAGACGUGCCCGUCAAGGUAAAAGAGAUAUUCUGGUGGAAGCACGCGGCAUCGUGCCAUCAGGGCUCGUCGAUCAUCGGCGAGCGCGACUUCUAUAUCGAAGACGAUGUAUAUCGCAGCCGGCUGGCGGAGUGUAACGCCAGUGAAGACGUGGAGAGCCCCGAAGAUGCCAAUGCCGUCCACGGCGACGAUGCCGACACCGUACACGGUGUUGAUGAUGCUGGCAGCGACUCCGCUGCACAGCGUGAUUAA